AUGUCUGAUCAUGCUCAACAACAAUUACAUUCACUCGUUCUUUCCGCCGAGUUGAAUUCAGAAAACGAAAAUGUCGAACAACUCGGUCCGAUCAUAAAAUCCAUUUAUGACACAGAACGACAAGAAGCUUUCCUUGAACAGUUAGCUACUUUUGUGAGAAAGAAAGAAGGCGAGAUCGAGCGGAUGUGUAAUAGUAAUUAUCAGGAAUUCGUACAUUCAGUAGAUCAAUUGUUAAAAGUUAGACAAGGAACCGUUAAUUUGAAAAAUAAGAUCAUUGAUUUGAAUUAUGAUCUUCAAAAAUCUGGAAAAAAAGUUGCUGCAAAGAAAAAGGAACUUAUCCAAACGCGUAAAAUUCAAAAAAAUAUUGAUGAAGCAGUGGAGACUUUACAAUUAUGUUUAAAUGUUCUUGAUAUGGCCAAUCGAGUUAAUUAUCUAGUUGAAGAGCAAAAAUAUUAUUCUGCUUUGAGGACUUUAGAAGAAUUACAGACUGUGCAUUUGCGAAAAGUUAUUCAAUAUGAAUUUGCCAAGCAUAUGCUUGGUAAAUUAGCUAUGGAACAAAUGAGAUUGCGUCAAGAUCGAUGGAAAGUGAAAGUAUCUCAGAAUCCUGAUUUACGAUCUGUUCCCGUCAGUUCUCCGAUUGAAAUUGUAAUGAAUGAAGAAAACGAAUUUAACAUUAUAAAUAAUGUAGAAGUGCAGAUAGAUUUUAAACCAUUAUAUCAAUGCUUACACAUUUAUGAAGAGCUUGGGAAACUUAAUGAAUUCAAAUCAAAUUAUGAAGAAGAUAGAAAGGCCCAAGCAAAUUUGGUUCUUUCAGAGUCUUAUACGUUAAGGGAGAAUAAUGACAAGGGCUUUGAGGCUUUCCUGCAAGAUGUUGUUGGGUUCUUUGUCAUUGAGCAUGUUAUUGUGCAUUCAACACAAAAUUUUCGAUCACGAGCAGAAGUAGAUCAUUUAUGGGAUACAGUAAUAGCAAGAGUUGUCAAAACUGUGGCUGAAAGUUUAGAUGAUUGCCGUGAUCCUGAAUUAUUUAAGCAAAUCAAGUUUAGCUUAUUUACGUUCAUUCAGACAUUAGAGACAAUUAUUGAUGAUGAUUAUAUGCCAAUGCAAGUUUCUUUCCGUGAAGAAUAUGAGGCAGUGGUUGAUGCUUGUUGGUUUAAUGAAAAUCAUCGUAUUACGUUACGUGGCAAAUUACAAAGUACUAAUAUGUCACAAAUUGUUCAAAUCAUAAUCAACCUCGAAUAUUUUGAAGGUGCAUGUACUGAACUCGAAAAGUUACUUAAAGCUAAAAGGUGGUUAAAAGAUCAGACAGUAAUGAGCAUGGAUUCAGAGGAACGAGCCAAAAAACGAGCGAUGGAAGGCGUUGUACGUUCUUUACGAUUUUCUACUAAAGAAUAG